CCUCGCUCCGUCGCGCGCCACAGUCGCCAGAGAGCUCGAGGAGGUCGGUUGGUCAGUCAGUGAGGAGGAGAAAGCGCCUAGGUUGUUAUCAUGCCUGCUGCCGCGCCACCACCUCCUUUGCCGGGGGGAACCUGCAGCUGCCCUCACUCUCACCAACCAGAACCUCGAGGAUAUUUUGGUCAUACUUUGAAUUGUAUAAGUUCAGGUAUAACGGAGAGAAGAUUACAAGGAACUUGUCCUCCGAUUGGCCAUGGAAGUUUUGGAAAGCCCUUCUUUGGUACCAAUUGUUUCAUUUCCCCAUUUAUAAAUUCUCGGACUGGUUUCCACACGAUUCAUUCUGAAAACAGCCCAGUAAAACCAAGGAUUGUGACUGUAGUGAAACCUUGUGGGCACACAGUCAGGAAAAUAACUUUGCUACUAAAUCGGCGUUCUGUUCAGACAUUUGAACAGCUGGUUGCUGACAUCUCAGAAGCCCUGGGAUUUCCACGUUGGAAGAAUGACCGUGUGCGGAAACUAUACAAUUUGAAGGGAAGGGAAAUCCAAAGCGUUUCUGAUUUCUUUAGAGAAGGUGAUGCAUUUAUCGCUAUGGGAAAGGAACAGCUAACCCUGAAAAACCUUGAAGUGGCAAUGGAAGAACUUUUUCCUCAGAACCCUUAUGCUCCUGUUACAGAAACUACACAGAACUGCGAGCAGCCUCAAAAACAAAAAAACAGGCAGUGUGAAAGGGCUCCUAAAGUAGAAAAAAGCAUUGAGCCGAUAGUUUCCAAGAACUGCAUGGACGCUGUAUCUCCUAAACGAAUUAACAGGCAUGAGGUAAAAGCUCAAACCAAGGUCAAACAAGAGGAGAAGGUGAAAAACAAAAAGAAGUGGAUCAGAGAGAAUUGGAAUGGAGAGCAAGAAGUGAAAUGUUCUAGAAAAGGCAGAGAAGUUGAAAGACAUUUCAGUCAAGAGAAAUGUCCUGAAAGUGAAGCUGAAAUAAGUCCAGAAAUGAUUGUCAGAUGUGAGAAGUGCCAAAGAGAGGGUCAGCGCAGGCAAAAACUACAGAAGGAAAGACAGGUUGAUAUUCCCUUUGAGAGUAGAGAUUUGAACAUCAGAGUUUGCCAGCGGUACAGUGUAGAAAGGCCAUCAAAGCUGAGAAACUGCAGGAGACUGUCAGAAAGCUCAGUGGAAGAAACUGAAAUUACUUGGCAUGAUGUUGGUUGUCAGAGUACCUGGGCAGCUUCACAAAGCCAUGUCAAUAAAAACAGUGACAAGCAAAAAAGGAGUCUUGACAGAGAUCAAACCCUGGAAAGCCAUGACCAUCAUAAUGAAGAAUUAGUAAUGAUAAUGAAGCCUAUUGAAAGUCAACGCACUGUAGUUGGAGAUGCCUAUGAGUUAAAGAAAGAACACAGAAAAUGUUCUAGAACGCAUCAAAGCUGUUGGUUGAUCAAGGGAUCUCAGAUAGAUGUGGAGAAACAAUCAGCUGUUCAGGGAAAGAGGGACGAGGUGCAAAAAUCAAAAGAGAAAAUGCUUGGCGGAGGAGAAGAGAAAGUGGCUCAUGGUGAGAAUGAACUGAUUAAACAUGAAAAGGAGGAAGACCUUACAUUUAACAAAGAGGGAAAUAGAACACGCAGAGCCAGCGACACAAAACUGAAACAUGGUGUCUGUAGCAGAGCAGAUGUGGAGAAGUGCUAUAAAAUUGGCAGAACCAUUGGAGAUGGGAACUUUGCUGUUGUGAUGGAAUGUCACAACUGCAACACUAAUCAGAACUAUGCUAUGAAAAUAAUAGAUAAAUCCAAGCUGAAAGGAAAGGAAGAUAUGCUAGAUAAUGAAAUCCUGAUUAUCAAGAGUCUUUCUCACCCCAACAUAGUCAGCUUGAUUGAAGUAUUUGAAACAGAUGCAGAAAUCUAUCUGGUCUUGGAAUAUAUUCCUGGUGGGGACUUGUUUGAUGCCAUUAUAGAGAGUGUGAAAUUCACAGAAUGUGAUGCUGCUCUCAUGAUAACUGAUCUGUGUGAAGCUUUGGUUUAUAUUCACAGCAAGAACAUUGUGCAUAGAGAUCUCAAGCCUGAAAAUCUUCUGGUUCAACGUAAUCCAGAUAAAACUACUACAUUGAAACUAGCAGAUUUUGGCCUUGCAAAGAAAGUGACAAAACCAAUAUUCACUGUAUGUGGAACUCCAACAUAUGUUGCCCCUGAAAUACUGGCUGAGAAUGGCUAUGGACUAGAAGUGGACAUGUGGGCCACUGGCGUAAUACUCUACAUUUUGCUGUGUGGCUUCCCUCCUUUCCGAAGUCAUGAACGUGACCAAGAGGAGCUGUUUCAAAUCAUACAGCUUGGACAUUACGAAUUUCUCUCACCAUACUGGGACAACAUUUCACCUGCUGCAAAAGAUCUGAUAAACAGACUCCUUGUGGUUGAUCCUAAAAAGCGAUACACUGCUCAGCAAGUUCUUCAGCAUCUGUGGAUCGACACAGCUGGAAAAAACAACAGCAGAAACCUGCAAAAGGAAGUGACAAUCAAUCUCGAGCGCCAUUUUCGUAGCCAGCGCAAGGGAGAAACUACCAAUGAGGACUCAUAAAGGAUGUGGCUAGAAUCAUAUACCACAAGCAAGCGGUGUUUUAAUUCACAGUAUUCUCUGAAGAACUGAAUGCAAAGGAGAUCCUUUAUUCCUUUAUGAAGACCAACUGCACAACACUGAAAUGUCAUCCCAGCUACAUCUUCCCAUCCUUCCAUGGAGCGGUUUUUCAGCUUGAAAAGCAAAAAACCAAGACACUUGGGAGGGGCAAGACAUUGGUAUCAGAUUUCCUGAAUCCUUUAAUGGCAUUGCAAAUGUGAAAAGAUGUUGAGCAUUGUCUGUUGAUGAAAUAUAUACUGUCUCUUAUUGUUUCAGUACACCUCUAGGCACCCAAAGAGUUCCUUCAUCUGUUUCUCUGUAUGUUUACAUCUUAUACCUCUCUGUAGGCAUUAAGACAUUACCUUUUAUUUGGAUGAACUAUUUUAAGAUAGCUUGAAAAAUGCUUUCUGUAUGUACUGUGUAUAGUAUAUGUCGAAUCCUGGUUUCAGAAGUAUAUUUUAUAUACUGUGUGUUUAAUAUAAAUUAUGAAAAAGUAAUAGGAUGUGACUAUAAUAGCAUGUACAUUAUGUCAGUCUAACUUUAUCCUUCCCAUUAUGAAUAGCAAAACAUUGGCGCAUAUAAGAAAAAAACCUGCCUCUUCUUUAGGUAAAGGGUUUUAAAAGUAACCCACAAGGUAUCCCUGUGUCAUUGUACAACAUUUUGGUUACUUUCACUAUUGUACAAACAGAAUGUCCUUAGAGGUCCAGCAUUUUUCUUUGAAGUCUUCUAUUCAAGUUUCUGUAAUGAAUAACACAUGGGAUAAAGGGGAAUUAUUAAUCUCUUACUUCAGUAUAACUUUUAGUAGAAAGUCUCAAGGUUGCGCCAAGGAACUUUGAUAGUCAAAUGCAGAAUUUAUGAGUUGGUGAAUUCUUUGAGUUCGAGUAUUUCCAGGUUCUGAACUAACUUUCCCUUACUAAGCUGUUUGGGAUUGAUUGCAUUUGGGUUUCAAGUGUAGGCGGGCUGGAGGUGAACAUGGAGGGGUCAUUCCUGUUAUAAAUCCUGGAAGGUUAGCCCAAAUCUUUCAGAUCCCAGCUUCUGUUUGUUCCAUCUUGGACUCCAACCUCUACCUCUGCCUUCUGCUUUAGACCUGGACAGCUGUUGAACAGGAAGGAAAAUUUAAAAAUCUGUUCUUUUUAGAGUCAAAUGAAAGUCCAAUUUCUGCAUAAACUCUCCUGUGAAACAAUACAUGACAAAGAACGCUGUGAGUGGAAAUCUUUCUGUCCAUUGUUUGGGAUGCAACAACGUCUCAUCUUGGUGCCACAACCAGCAUGAAAUGAUAUCCAUUUCUCCUCCUCUCUGUAUGUGCACAUAUGUGGAUACAUGUAAGUGCAUGCCUGUACAUGGGGAAGUACAUUGUCUUGCUAGGUCUUGUCUGCAAAUUUACCCAAGCACAUUUUUUGGUCUAUCUUUACAUCCUUUGUUUUCACUGAGCUGGACUGUAAAAUACUAGAGACUUAAAACAAAUAAACAACAAAUCAGAAAAUA